GACUUCCCCCCUCUUUUCGGACGGAGCAAAAUGCACCUCGUCUCAUCGUAAGGAAAAGAAAACCUUUUGCGGGACUGUUUCCCCCAACCUCUCCAACGGGAACGAUCGGCUGAGGGCAGCGGGGGCCGGCCGGCCGUCACUGAGCGCCGGACCUAUUAGCCACCAGCGACGGAGGGGGCCGCCGGUUGGCGGCGGCGGCGCAGCCACUAAAGGUCCAGAGUAAUGAAGAAUUGGGGCAUGAUCGGUGGGGUUGCGGCUGCCCUUGCAGCGAGCAUCUACGUGCUGUGGGGCCCCAUCACGGAGAGGAAAAAGCGCCAGAAAGGGCUGGUGCCGGGUCUGCUCAACCUGGGGAACACGUGCUUCAUGAACUCCCUGCUCCAAGGGCUGUCUGCUUGCCCAUCCUUGAUCCGGUGGCUGGAGCGGUUCACCGGGCAGUGCCAGGCCGGCCAGAGCGAGACACCCGGCCAGCAGCGCCUGUCCCUGACGUUGCUGCACCUCUUGAAGGCUUUAUCCUGCCAGGAGGCUGCAGACAACGACCUCCUGGACGCAAGCUGCUUGUUGGAGGUGCUGCGGACGUACCGAUGGCAGAUCUCCUCCUUCGAAGAGCAGGAUGCCCACGAGCUGUUCCACGUCCUCACCUCCUCUCUGGAAGAUGAGUGGGACCGACGGCCCCGGGUCACGCACUUGUUUGACGUCCACUCGCUGGAGCAGCCAGAAAUCCCCCCCGAGCAAAUACUCAGCAGAACAAAAGGGUCCCUUCAUCCCGUGUGGAGCCCCUGGAGGCUGCAGCACCCUUUCCACGGGCGGCUGACGAGCAACAUGGUCUGCAAGCACUGCAAGCACCAGAGCCCCCUCAGGUACGACACGUUCGACAGCCUUUCCCUGAGCAUCCCUGCCGCUGUGUGGGGGCGCCCCCUGACGCUGGACCACUGCCUGCACCAGUUCAUCUCCUCUGAGUCCGUUCGGGACGUCGUUUGCGAGCACUGCACAAAGAUGCAGGCGGAAGGAGCCGGGCAAACGGUGGAGAACCAGAGAACCACCUUCGUCAAGCAGCUGAAGCUGGGGAAGCUCCCACAGUGCCUCUGCAUCCACCUGCAACGGCUGAGCUGGUCGCAGCACGGGGCGCCGCUGAAGCGCAACGAGCACGUCCAGUUUGGAGAGCUCCUGGCCAUGGACCUCUACAGGCACCGCUUCUCUGCGCACAAGGACGGUGGCGAGCGGCCGGGCGGCCAUAAGCCCUCCCUGAUGAACGGCACCUGCUCCUCUGCGCUGCUGGCCUCCCCCAUUGCCUUCCCGUUCCUUGGCAGCCCUGACUGCAGCUCCCCCGCCUACCUCUACUGCCUCAUGGCGGUGGUGGUCCACCACGGAGACAUGCGCUCGGGACACUUCGUGACGUACCGCCGCUCCCCCCCCGCUCCCAAGAGCCCCCGGGCUGCCAGCAGCCAGUGGCUGUGGACGUCCGACGACGUGGUGCGCAAGGCCACCCUGCAGGAGGUCCUGUCGUCCAGCGCCUACCUGCUCUUCUACGAGCGCGUCCGCUCCAGGCUGCAGCACCGGGACCAGGCGCCCCAAGCGGAGGAGUGACCGCAGCGUCCGGGCGUGUGGCAGCCCGGCAGAGGCGCCCCUCCGAGGACGGUGGCCCCCCGCCCGCACUGACUCACGGCGAGCUCCCCCGUCGCCCCCGGCAGGAGAGGACAGCCUGUACCAGAUGACACUGCCCAAAGCUGACUGCGCACUGCCCCGGGUCUGCCCGCGAGAGAGGAACGCUUGUCGGAUCGCCAGCCCUUAGGGACCCACUUCUGAUUUUUAAAAAUCCUUUUCAUGUGUUGUCGUGGAACUCCUUGUCUACCUUUCAAAAACCCACUUUUUUACCAGUUCAGCCAAGUGAGCCAUCUCAAAUUUCUUCUGCAGUAUUGAAUGAAGAGUUAAGACAGGCAGGAUGUGCCUUGAAUGGCUUCCGUCAAAUCCACGGAAUAGCUGCUGUCCCAAGAGUGGGGUGGGCUGAGCAUGUAGACAAGGCUGUGUGUGUGGGGGGGGGCAUGUAAGCAUAUUCCACAUGGAAAACGGCCAGUUUCUUCCCACCCAGAGCAAUGCGUUAACGACCGGCUUGAAGCGCAACAGAUUUAUGAGGCCGGGUUCCCUCGAAGGACACAGUUCAGCAGGGAAGCAAGAGCCUUUCCUGUGUUUUGGUGUCUUGACCCCCCGUCCCUCCCCACAAACCCUCUGUGUCACGCUGGUUUUAACUCUUCAAGCCUUUUGUAUGUGAUUAAUACACACCAGAUGACUACA